GAAUGAAAAUUCUUAAUCUGCGGAUGCAACUCUGCAAAAAGAGUGCGCUACCAGGCAUUUUAAGGCGUGUAAUUCAUACCCGUUUCCUUCUCCCUCCUAAAUUUAGGCAUUGGAACAAAUGUCUUUGAAAUUGUGUUGGUGUUGAAGGAAUGUUAUGUUUGCUCCAAAUUCAAUGUUGUAUUCUUUUCUCUCCUGUUGGAUCAAAAGACAAACACCACCACCUUGCUUCUUUUCCUUUCUAUUCUGCAUUCCAUUGUGCUAGAAAAUGCACCACAACCUUAACCUUGCAAGGUUGUGGAUUGCUUUGCUUGCGGUCUCAACCACCGCAGUUCAUUGCAAAACUAACUCCCAAGAUGUUUCAUCCCUUAAUGCAAUGUAUAGCAGCUUAAAUUCCCCUUCAAAGUUGAGUGGUUGGAAAUCAGGUGGAGGUGAUCCUUGUGGCGACUCCUGGGAAGGAAUCAAAUGCUCAGGUUCUUCUGUCACAGAAAUAAAUUUAUCUAAUCUGGGACUUACUGGAUCAAUGGGCUACCAGUUGUCCAGCUUAACAUCGGUUACCUACUUUGAUUUGAGCAACAACAACCUCAAGGGCGAAAUACCAUAUCAACUUCCUCCAAAUGCUCAUUAUAUAGAUCUUUCAAAGAACCAUUUCAGUGGAAGUAUGCCUUAUUCCUUUUCUCAGAUGGGUGAUCUCAACCAUCUAAAUCUUGCACAUAAUCAGCUCAAAAACCAGUUGGGUGAUAUGUUUGAGAAGCUCAAUAAACUCAAACAACUGGAUGUAUCAUUCAAUUCACUAUCGGGAAACCUACCUCAGAGUCUCAAAUCACUCAAAAACCUCAAGAAGUUGCAUCUACAAAACAAUCAAUUCACUGGUUCAGUAAAUGUCCUUGCCAAACUUCCACUUGAAGAUUUGAACGUUGAAAACAACAAAUUUACCGGUUGGGUCCCUGAGGAGUUAAAGGAUAUAAAUAACUUGCAAACUGGAGGAAAUUCUUGGUCAAAGGGUUCAGCACCUCCUCCGCCUCCUGGUACUCCCCCUCUGAAGAAGCAUUCGGAGAAAAAGAAGAAAAAAUCUGUUCUCAGUGGAGUAGCUAUAGCAGGCAUAGCUUUUGGCAUACUAGUAGUAAUUAUAAUUGCUGUUGCUCUUUGUAAGAGAAGGUCAUCAAGACCUUCUUCACAUUAUAUCGAAGAAGAGGGGCGUAGCAAGCAUAAAUCUUUUACAUCUCAGGAGUUACCAAGAGAUGAUGUCAACAAAGUUGGCAUAUUGGUGACAGGAUUUAAGUCAAUGGAUUCGACUUCAAUAGACGUACAGGCUUUGCAAAAAUCUCCAUCAAUUGGUGUGAGUUCGUCAGUCUCGGAUUGUGUGCAAUCCUUUAAUGACAAUGAGUUUGCACUUCGUCUAAAUUCUAAAAGAAGUGCAUCAAGCCGUGUUACUAGUUUUUCACUGCAAGAGUUGCAGGCUGCUACUGCUAAUUUUGCUUCAGGCCGACUUCUUGGUGAAGGAUCCAUAGGACGUGUAUAUCGGGCUAAAUAUGCUGAUGGAAAGGUAUUGGCUGUAAAACAAAUCAAAUCUUCUCUUUUCAAUGGUGGUCCUCCUGAGGAAUUCUCUCACAUUGUUACAAACAUAAGCAGAAUUCACCACCCAAAUAUUGUUGAGCUUGUCGGUUAUUGUUCAGAACAAGAGCACAUGUUAAUGUAUGAUUAUUUCAGAAAUGGCUCUCUCCAUCACUUUUUACACUUAUCAGACGACUUCAGCAAACCACUAACUUGGAACACCAGAGUCAGAAUUGCAUUGGGAACAGCUCGGGCUGUUGAGUACCUACAUGAAAUUUGCUCUCCUCCUUUAUUGCACAAGAAUAUUAAGUCCUCCAAUAUUUUGCUUGACACGGAUCUGAAUCCUCGUCUCGCAGAUUAUGGUUUGGCAUCCUUCCACCAGCGUACUAGCCAAAAUCUUGGGGCAGGAUAUAAUGCACCAGAAUGCACACAACCUUCAGCGUUUACCCAGAAGAGUGAUGUAUACAGUUUCGGGGUAGUAAUGCUGGAGCUUUUGACAGGUCGAAUGCCUUUUGACAGUUCAAAGCCAAAAGCAGAACAAUGUCUGGUUCGUUGGGCCACCCCACUACUUCAUGACGUUAUUGCGGUGGAGAAAAUGGUUGACCCUGCCUUGCGGGGUCUUUACCCUCCUAAGUCACUCUUCCGAUUUGCUGAUAUCAUCGCCCUCUGUGUCCAGACUGAGCCUGAAUUUCGGCCACCUGUGUCAGAGUUAGUCCAGGCUUUGGUACGAUUAGUUCAACAUUCAACUAUAACAAUGAAGGAGGAUCUUGGAGCCUUUGGUCGGACCGAUGACUUUGAUGAUUAAUUCUUACAUAUAUUAAUUCACUAUGCUAAUAACCAUAGAAUGUACUUUUCGUAGAAAUUUCACUCUUUUCAACUUCUAGUUCUAGCUUGUACAACAAAAGCUUUUGUAAUGUUUAGUCUAUCUUUUACACCAAAAUAUGCUUUUCGCAUACGCACUUCUUCUUCCUGUUCCAUUACUCCUAUUUCAAAUUUUCAACCUUCCCUUCUCCAACUUCAUUUUUAAC